CCGACACUCGCAUGCACCCGAGGUACCAGUGGUCAAACAGUUAAUUUGAACAAGUAUGGGCUCGAUACUAAGAGAUGGAAGAGAACGCGAGGAUGAAGCAUUAAUACCGCACGCGGACUCAACCGCGGACAAUAUCGUUACGUUCCAACUCAACGACCCAGAAGAUCCUCGAAAUUGGGCAAGCGCCAGGAAAUGGAUUAUGAUAGCAGCGAUUAUUCCUAUCGAUCUGAGUGUUAGCUGGGGAGCAUCCGGAUUUUCACCUGUGGCUGGCGACUUCGCACGCGACAUGCACGUGUCGACGCAAGUGGCCACCCUGGGAUUGAGCAUGUAUGUGCUUGGUCUCGCGUUUGGCCCUAUGACUCUAGCCCCAUUGUCUGAGUACUUUGGCCGACGCCCCGUUUACAUCUACUCCUAUGGAAUCUUCCUUGGUGCCCUUCUGUGGACUUCGUAUGUCAAGAGCUUAGGACUGUUCUUUGUGCUCCGCUUCUGCUCUGGAUACUUUGCUUCAACUACUAUCUCGAAUUUUGGAGGCACCAUCGCUGAUCUUUUCGAACAUACCGACACAGGGCCUGCGAUGUCAAUCUUUAUUUGGGCUGCCACUGGAGGCUCUCCAACAGGUUUUGUGCUAUUCUCCUUCAUCGCGCAUGGAAGGUCAUGGCAGGCGGUAUUUCGUGUCAUGUUCUUCGUUUGCCUCUCUUUCUGGGUCAUCCUGGUGGUUGCACUCUAUACGAUUGGGGAAACACGACAAAGCGUACUCUUGUUAAGGAGGGCAGAGAUGCUGCGCAAAUCGACGGGAGAGGAUGGCCUGGACGUUCCCGACGAAUACAAGCAGCGAGGACCGAAGCAUCUAUUCGGCACCGCACUCGCGCGGCCAUUCCAGUUCUUAUGGUCAGAGGCAAUCGUCCAAUUCGGCGCCUUGUAUAACGGUUUCCUGUACGGUCUCUCGUUUUUAUUCAAUGGAGCUUUCCACAUAAUAUUUGGUCCAGGGGGAUAUGGCUUUGGCACAAUCCAAAUCGGUAUUUGUUUCCUUGGUCUUGUUGUAGGCAUCAGCGUCGGCCUAUUCAGCAAUCGUUUCCAAGAGAAGCAUUAUCAACGACAAAUUGCUCGAGCUGGCCGUGACGUUCCGGAAGCACGGGUAUAUCAAGGAAAGCUGGCAGCGGUAGUUUUACCAGCAAGCUUGCUUGCAUUUGCCUUUAGUGCUACGCCAAAGGUCCACCCUUUCGUUCCAGUACUGGCGUCCGCCUUCACGGGUUACUCUUUCUACACCUUGAUUACAAUGUCGUUGACUUACACCACGGAUGCCUACAAAACAUACUCAGCCUCAGCCCUUGCUGGUAUUGGACUUAUCAGAAACCUGGCCGGUGCUGCUUUUCCGUUAGUUGGAAGAAGUCUUUUUUUGAGGGUGGGAUCACGAAAUGCAAGCCUCGUGUUGGCUGCGAUCGCUGUGCUCCUGGCGCCUAUUCCCUUCGUGCUAGAAAAAAGAGGCGCGUCGUUGCGAAAACGGUCUCCGUGGGCAGUGGCACAUGAAGAUGACGAGAGCGAGAUUAAUACCAGCUAGCCGGUGUCAAGCAUGUGCAUAAUGGGGCACGGCAGAUUAACAUCAAUAUGGACUCCAUCGCCUGCUACGCCUCAAAGAUUCAAAUGCACACAGAAGCAAUUUAUGUUAGGCCCUCGAAUUAGAUUUGGGAAUACGAUGGAAGCUAUUGGUGCUGAGACAAGAUCCGUUCGGCGUCAGGCAGACUCUUUACAACGUUUCCAUAGAAGACGCAUAUUCGUAGCUUCAAAUAUAUAUUUAUCUUGGGCG